CCUAUUUACAAUACUAACCUCAAUUUUCAAAAAAAUGGAACAGUUUUGACAGUUUCAGCUGUUGCAUAUUAUAUCGUUUUAAAUUUUGAGCUGUUUUUAAUUUGUUGUGAUGCGGGCGAAUUCGAAAUAUAGACUUUCCAUUAAAAAAUUAGCUGAUACAUCCACAUCCAUGACUAAUAAGAAAACUAUUUUAUUAUAACCCAACUUUCUAACACCAACAGUUUUCAUUUAAGAUAUCAAUUAUGGCAGAUGUAUUAAUUUUGGAUUGGCUAGAGGAAUACGAGUCACUUACGGAGAGUGAAAUUCACACGUAUUCGACGGAACAAGAACAGAACUACGAAGUGAUGAAGGCAUUGUACGCCUUCUUGGAAGAUCCCAAUAAAUCUAAGGUGGAAAAUUUCCUAGAUAGAGUGUGCCAACAACUCUUUAGUUUUUAUAGAUCCGGGGAACAAAAUUUAAAGUAUUUUACUAUGCAAUACAUUCCUUCAUUAGUAUUACUAAAUUUGGCGAAUACAAAAGGAUUUCCGAGCGUGGGGACCCUACUAUUAAGUAUUUACAAUCUUGAGGUUGUCGAUAAUAAGGGCCAGUCUCAUAUUAUCUCCUUCCGUGUGCCAAGCAUAGCUCAAUCGUCUAUUUAUCACGAUUCAUCAAAUUUGGAACCCGCAUUUAUCGCCGAAAACGCUCUUAGACGUUGGGAGGAAUGUAAUAGUAAAUUGGUGAACUGGGGCCCAUUACCUCAAGUAGAAAACUUAAAUGCACAAAAUCGACAACGGGUCGUUACGGCUCUUAUGUUUUUGUAUAAUCAGCAUAUUGGAAAAAUAUUUGUAGAUUGUCUUGAGUACGGAUGCAGGACCAUUUCUAGGGGAAGGCAGGCCCACAGAAACAUUCAUCACGGCUGUGGGGACGAUCCAUACGGCAUGCUAGACAUGGUCCAAAAGUGA